AUGGCGUUUCGAAGGCCGAAUAAUGAAAGUCAGACGAAGCUGACACUGGACAAACUGCCUGACGACACUAUUUCGCAGAUAACAUGGUCGCAAACCCCGGAGCCCCUGUUGCUGGCAGCAUCAAGCUGGGACAGGAGUCUGAGAAUCUGGUCGUUUAGAAACUCGCCUGCAGAUGAACUCGCAGCGGAUUUGGUUUGUACCUUCAAGCAGAAUGAGCCGAUUCUGUGCUCAACAUUCACAAAUGUAAGACGUGGAAGAGACACCGUUAAACUAUUCUCGGGCGGAUGUAACAACGUUGCCCUAGUGUAUGACCUAAAAAAGGCGGCGCAAAAUGGAAUGCUAGUAGCGAGGCACGACGACCCGAUAAUGGGAGUGCACUGGUGCCCGAAGUAUAAGCUUUUAUUGACCUGUGGCUGGGACGGGAACGUGAGAGCGUGGGACGGAAGACAGCAAGGCCCAGUGUGGUCGGAAAACGUAGGAUCCAAAAUAUUCGCAUCCGAUUUCAAAAACAACGUGCUGUGCGUAGCAGACAGCCAAAAGAAAGUGAUCGCAUGGAACCUGGAAAAUAUGCAGAACCCGCAAAACAAAAUAGUGAUUGACUCCACCCUUAAAUUGAAGACGAAGGCAAUUUCGAUAUUCCCGGAGCUCCUGGGCACGAAGGGAGUGGUCUGCGGCUCAAUCGGAGGAAGGUGCUCAGUCAACUACUUCAUGGAGCACGAAAGAAAGGGGAACUUUUCGUACAAAUGCCACAGGCAGGACCAGCCGGGAAGAGGAACGCAGACGUACCCGGUUAACGCGAUCGACUUCCACCUUAAACACGGAACAUUCAUCACGGGAGGAGGAGACGGAACCUUCACGGUGUGGGACAAGGACAACAAGACGAAGGUCAAGACCUUCAACAGCGUGAACGCCCCGGUGGUCGACAUCAAGAUCAUGAGCACCAACAACCUGCUGGCCUACGCGACGAGCUACAACUGGGAAAGGGGAUUCAACAGGGCGCUCAUGAAGAAGACCGUCAGGAGCAUAGGGAUCAUAAAGGUGAGUGGCGCGGAUAAGCUAGCGCCCAUGUAG